UCGCAAUCCCCAGUCAUACACGGAGAGGUGCAUGAGCAAAAAGGAGGCUGCGAUACAAUUCAUUGGGAUUUUUUUUUUUUUUUUUUUUUUUUUUUUUUUGUGUGUAUCUAUUGCGUUUUUCCCAUUGCUGCGCGCGUUACAAGCUCAGCGCCUAGCGCCCUGUCUCCAGUCGCUGGCGGGCCAGCAGCACCGGGAGGAAGAGGAGAAAAUCCGCGGAGGGGCCGGACCCGCACCCCGCCAGAGGCCAGAAUGUCAUCCCGGGAGAUGUAAAUCCGGUCGGUGCGAGCGAGAGACACGGAGGAGGGGGGUGGUCCAUUGUAACAUUCUGGAGUUGUUCCCCGCUACUCCUGCUGCUGCUGUCGCCUCCUGAUCCUGCACAGAACGGACUCCAACGGCUGGGCGCUCGCACUGCGCCCGGCGCUCCCUCCAUUUCGUUAUUUGUUUUUAAAUUGAAUUUAUAUUUCUUUUUGUGCCUCCGUGCCGGAGCCUGGCUGCAUCGUACGUUUCAUGCGGAGCGGAGUGUCGGGAGCUGCAGGAAAAUGUUGACUUAGCCCCAGCGAAGCCUCCCGGCUGGCUGCGUGGAGGAGAAGCCGCCUCCCGCUCUGCGCUGCCCCGGCCCGCCGCGCCGCAGCGCCGGCUGCCUCCCGUUGCCCGCCCGAGCCCGCCGCUUGCCCACCCGCUCCCCGCGCCGCCGCCGGAGCGCCGGGACUAACUCCGCUGUGCUCUCCCGCAACCCUGCGCUCGGCGGGGUGACCCGGCCCGCGGGUCCCGCCAGGGCGAGAGAUCCCGGCCCGCCUUCGGCUCUCAGAGGUAUGAAGAUGAAUAAUGCAGACACUGGUUUCGAUGAUGCUGGGCUUUUAUAACUGGAUUCAUUAAGGAAUACAAAGAAAUUCUUACAGGGAUCAAUAAUGGUGUCUUCUGGCUGCAGAAUGCAAAGUUUUUGGUUUCUGCUCAUUAUCAGCUUCCUGCAGUGUACUGAAGGUUUCAGCCGAGCAGCACUACCAUUUGGUUUGGUUAGGAGGGAGCUCUCCUGUGAAGGCUACUCCAUUGACCUCCGGUGUCCAGGAAGUGAUGUUAUUAUGAUAGAAAGUGCUAACUAUGGACGGACAGAUGACAAGAUUUGUGAUGCUGACCCUUUCCAGAUGGAGAACACAGAAUGCUUCCUUCCAGAUGCCUACAAAAUUAUGACACAGAGGUGCAACAACCGAACACAGUGUAUAGUAGUUACUGGAUCAGAUGUAUUUCCUGAUCCUUGUCCUGGAACAUACAAAUAUCUAGAAGUUCAGUAUGAAUGUGUUCCUUACAAAGUGGAGCAAAAAGUUUUUGUUUGCCCGGGGACGUUGAAAGCAAUUGUGGACUCACCGUAUUUAUAUGAAGCUGAACAAAAAGCAGGUGCUUGGUGCAAAGAUCCUCUCCAGGCUGCAGAUAAAAUAUACUUCAUGCCAUGGACUCCAUAUCGCACCGAUACUUUGAUAGAAUAUGCUUCUUUAGAGGACUUCCAAAAUGGACGCCAGCAGACGACGUAUAAACUCCCAAAUCGAGUGGACGGCACUGGAUUUGUAGUGUAUGAUGGCGCUGUCUUUUUUAACAAGGAAAGAACUAGGAACAUAGUAAAAUUUGAUUUGAGGACUAGAAUUAAGAGUGGAGAGGCCAUAAUCAAUUAUGCUAAUUACCAUGACACCUCUCCCUACCGAUGGGGGGGAAAGACUGAUAUUGACUUGGCAGUUGAUGAAAAUGGCUUAUGGGUAAUUUAUGCUACGGAGCAAAACAAUGGGAUGAUAGUAAUUAGCCAGCUGAAUCCCUACACCCUGCGUUUCGAAGCCACUUGGGAAACAACAUACGACAAGCGGGGAGCAUCCAAUGCUUUCAUGAUAUGUGGUGUCCUGUACGUAGUGCGGUCAGUGUAUCAGGACAAUGAGAGUGAGACCGGCAAGAAUGCCAUUGAUUACAUCUACAACACCCGGUUAAGCAGAGGCGAGCAUGUGGACAUUCCUUUCCCCAACCAGUACCAGUACAUCGCCGCAGUGGAUUACAACCCCAGAGACAACCAGCUGUAUGUGUGGAAUAACAACUUCAUUCUGCGAUAUUCUUUGGAGUUUGGCCCACCUGAUCCUGCCCAAGUGCCUACCACAGCAGUGACAAUAACCUCUUCAGCAGAGCUAUACAAAACCACAGUGUCAACCACUAGCACUACAUCACAGAAAGGUCCCAUAAGCACAACAUUAGCUGGAGGAACAAAGGAAGGAAGCAGAGGACCCAAGCCACCGCCACCCAUUUCCACAACCAAAAUUCCUCCCGUGACAAGUUUUUUCCCUUUGCCAGAGAGAUUCUGUGAACCGACUGAGGCCAGGGGGAUUAGCUGGCCUCAGACACAAAGAGGAAUGAUGGUUGAACGCCCUUGCCCCAAAGGAACAAGAGGAACUGCCUCAUAUCUCUGCGUGGUCUUAACGGGAAUGUGGAACCCCAAAGGCCCUGAUCUUAGCAACUGCACCUCACACUGGGUAAAUCAGCUGGCUCAGAAGAUCAGAAGUGGAGAAAAUGCUGCUAGUCUGGCCAAUGAACUGGCUAAACACACCAAAGGACCUGUCUUUGCUGGCGAUGUUAGUUCAUCAGUGAGGCUGAUGGAGCAGCUUGUGGACAUUUUGGAUGCUCAGCUGCAGGAACUGCGGCCCAGUGAAAAAGACUCUGCUGGAAGGAGUUAUAACAAGCUCCAAAAACGUGAGAAGACAUGCAGGGCUUACCUUAAGGCAAUUGUGGAUACAGUGGACAACCUGCUCAGGCCUGAAGCUCUGGAGUCCUGGAAGGACAUGAAUUCUUCAGAACAAGCCCAUGCAGCCACAAUGCUACUUGAUACAUUAGAAGAAGGGGCUUUUGUCUUGGCUGAUAAUCUCUUAGAACCAACUAGAGUCUCAAUGCCCACAGAAAAUAUCGUUUUGGAUGUUGCAGUGCUCAUUACUGAGGGCCAGGUGCAGGACUUGAAAUUUCCUCAGGGCAGUAAAGGAGGGAACUCUAUUCAGCUCUCUGCAAGCACCGUGAAACAGAACAGCAGGAACGGAUUAGCAAAACUGGUUUUCAUCAUUUACAAAAGUUUGGGACGUUUUCUCAGUACGGAAAAUGCAACCAUAAAGUUAGGCAGCGACUUUGCUGGGCGGAAUAGCACUAUUGCAGUCAACUCCCACGUCAUUGCAGCCUCCAUCAACAAGGAGUCUAGCCGGGUGUACCUAACUGAUCCUGUGCAUUUUACACUGGAACACAUUGAUCCUGACAAUUAUUUCAAUGCAAAUUGUUCCUUCUGGAACUACUCAGAGAGAACUAUGAUGGGAUACUGGUCAACUCAAGGCUGCAAACUGAUUGACACAAAUAGAACUCAUACAACGUGUGCUUGCAGUCACCUAACCAACUUUGCAAUUCUUAUGGCUCAUCAGGAAAUUGUGUACAAAGAUGGAGUGCACGAAUUGCUCCUCACUGUCAUCACCUGGGUGGGAAUUGUCAUCUCUCUUGUUUGCCUGGCCAUCUGCAUCUUCACAUUCUGUUUUUUCCGUGGCCUGCAAAGUGAUCGUAACACUAUUCACAAGAACCUUUGUAUCAACCUAUUCAUUGCUGAGUUCAUUUUCCUAAUAGGCAUCGAUAAGACAGAGUACAAGAUUGCAUGUCCAAUAUUUGCAGGUCUGUUACACUUUUUCUUCCUGGCAGCCUUUGCCUGGAUGUGUCUAGAAGGAGUGCAGCUUUAUCUAAUGUUAGUAGAAGUAUUUGAAAGUGAAUACUCUAGGAAGAAGUACUAUUAUGUUGCUGGCUACCUCUUCCCUGCUACAGUCGUUGGUGUCUCAGCAGCUAUUGACUAUAAGAGCUAUGGAACAGAGAAAGCUUGCUGGCUUCAUGUAGAUAACUAUUUUAUUUGGAGUUUCAUUGGACCUGUUACCUUUAUUAUUCUGCUGAAUCUUAUCUUCCUGGUGAUCACAUUGUGCAAAAUGGUGAAGCACUCAAACACUUUGAAACCAGACUCUAGCAGGUUGGAAAACAUUAAUAAUUACCGUGUUUGUGAUGGCUACUAUAAUACGGACUUACCUGGCUAUGAAGAUAAUAAGCCAUUUAUCAAAUCCUGGGUCCUGGGUGCAUUUGCUCUCCUGUGUCUCCUUGGCCUAACAUGGUCAUUUGGCCUGCUGUUUAUCAAUGAAGGGACUGUUGUGAUGACGUAUCUCUUCACAGUAUUUAAUGCUUUCCAAGGAAUGUUUAUUUUCAUCUUUCAUUGUGCCCUUCAAAAGAAAGUACGUAAGGAAUAUGGCAAAUGCUUCCGACAUUCCUACUGCUGUGGUGGACUACCAACUGAGAGUCCGCACAGUUCAGUGAAGGCAUCAACAACAAGAACUAGUGCCCGCUAUUCCUCUGGCACUCAGAGUCGUAUAAGGAGGAUGUGGAAUGACACUGUGAGAAAACAAUCUGAAUCGUCUUUUAUCUCAGGUGACAUCAACAGCACUUCAACACUUAAUCAAGGAAUGACUGGCAAUUACCUACUAACAAACCCUCUUCUUCGACCACACGGCACUAACAACCCCUAUAACACAUUGCUCGCUGAAACAGUUGUAUGUAAUGCCCCUUCAGCUCCUGUGUUUAACUCACCAGCAACCUACAGAGAGACAACUACUCUUAGGCCAGAUAGCCUGAGCAGACAGACAUGAUGUGAGUUGUCCAAAGACAUUCACUGAACAAUGCCAGGGAUACAAGUGCCAUGGAUACUCUACCGCUAAAUGGUAAUUUCAACAACAGCUACUCAUUGCGCAAUGGAGACUAUAACGACAGUGUGCAAGUUGUAGACUGUGGACUAAGCCUGAAUGAUACUGCUUUUGAGAAAAUGAUCAUUUCAGAAUUAGUGCACAACAACCUGCGGGGCAGCAGCAAGAACCACAACUUGGAGCGCACGCUACCAGCCAAAGCUGUGAUCGGCGGGAGCAGUAGUGAAGAUGACGCCAUCGUGGCAGAUGCCUCAUCAUUGAUGCACAGUGAAACCCCUGGGCUGGAGCUCCACCACAAAGAGCUUGAGGCCCCGCUCAUUCCUCAGCGGACUCACUCCCUUCUGUACCAGCCCCAGAAGAAAGUGAAGACCGAGGGAACGGACAGCUACGUCUCACAGCUGACAGCCGAGGCUGACGACCACCUCCAGUCCCCCAACAGAGACUCUCUUUACACGAGCAUGCCCAAUCUCAGAGACUCUCCGUAUCCAGAGAGCAGCCCCGACGCUGAAGAAGAUCUCUCUCCCUCCAGAAGGAGUGAAAAUGAGGACAUUUACUACAAGAGCAUGCCAAACCUAGGAGCUGGCCAUCAGCUUCAGAUGUACUAUCAAAUCAGCAGGGGUAAUAGCGAUGGCUAUAUAAUUCCCAUUAACAAGGAAGGAUGUAUUCCAGAAGGGGACGUUAGAGAAGGACAAAUGCAACUAGUGACAAGCCUUUAAUAGUGUAGCAAAGAAAUAUUAAAGGCCACAUGCAAGUAUUAAAAAGACUUAAUUGGCCCCAUGCAGGCUCCCUCAUAUCUGCUUGAAGAGACAAUUCUGUUGACCCUGUGGUUCUCCAGUAACGGGGAUGACUGGACCUCGCAGUUCUGUGAAUUUUUAUAAAACAAAAACUUUGUAUAUACACAGAGUAUACUAAAAUGAAUUAUUUGUUACAAAGAAAAGAAAUACCAAACAAGGUAUUUUAAGAUAUCUUCUGCUGCUGAAUUUAACAAAAUUGUGAAGAAAAAGAACAAAAAGAUAAAUAAACACUUCCCAGCCAUUUUACUGCAGCAGUUUGUGAACUAAAUUUGUAAAUAUGGCUGCACCAUUUUUUUUUUCUAGGCCUACAUUGUAUUAUAUACAAGGCGUAGGCUCUAAAAUCCUGUGGGACAAAUUUACUGUACCUUACUAUUCCUGACAAGACUUGCAAAAGCAGGAGAGAUAUUCUGCAUCAGUUUGCAGUUCACUGCAAAUCUUUUCCAUUAGGGCAAAGAUUGAAUACAUGUCUAACCACUAGCAAUCAAGCCACAGGCCUUAUUUCAUAUAUUUCCUCAACUGUACCGUUCUCAUGAAAAAAAAUGGCUAAAGAAAUUAUAUUUUGUUCUAUUGCUAGGGUAAAAUAAAUACAUUUGUGUCCAACUGAAAUAUAAUUGUCAUUAAAAAAUAAUUUUAAAGAGUUUGAAGAAAAUAUUGUGAAAAGCUCUUGGUUGCACAUAUGUUAUAGGCUGUUUUUCUUACACUCUGUUCAUAGUACAGUAGUAUGUUUAAAUGCAAGUUCUACCCAUUUUCACUUAUUUUUCACUGUAAACAGUGUUCUGCUUUGACAAGUUAGUUUUUAUUCUUAUGUUUUGAAUUUUUAUUGCCAAAAACCAUAAUUUGGGGAGAAAAUUGUUUUAGAAGCCAAUUAUGCCAAGCCUUGCACAAAUUUGGUAUAGCUAACAAAGAUUGUAACUCAAUUCCCUGUUCAUUCUUUAAUCAAUCAGGGUUGGGUGGUAAGGGGUAAAGGGGACACUGGACACUUCUCACAAGCUUUCUCGUGAAUAAAAGGUGCCUGUCCUUCAAAAAAAAAAAAAAUAAAACAUAACUAUUAACUCUUCCAUAUUCCUUCUGCCUAUAUUUAGUAAUUAAUUUAUUUUAUGAUAAAAAUCUAAUGAAAUGUAAAUUGUUUCAACAAAAUUCUGCUUUUUUCAUCCCUUUAUGUAAACCUGUUAAUAAUGAGCCCAUCACUAAUAUCCAGUGUAAAGUUUAACACCUGUUUGACAGUAAAUAAAUGUGAAUUUUUUUCCAAAUAGGUAAAAUGUGCAUUAUUAUGUACAAAGCAUAAUUGGCAUCAGCAGUCCUUCGACCCAGCUGUAUCCUGCUUAGACUGGCUUCUUUACAUUUCAUGAUUUAAAUGUUGAGAAUACAAUAGAAACUGUCUGUAUAGCUCUGCAGAAGAGAGGUCAUCUUACCUAUUCAUUACUCUAGUCACAAUUGGAUAAGAUCAAACUCAGACAUAGCAGGGUCAUUAGGAAAAUGUACUGUAAUUUCAUAAUUUACAUAACUUUUAAGUAGGCAUCUGUACUGAAAUUAAAAAUAAGGUGGUAAACACCAGUAUCAUAUUCUCAGCAACAGUAAUUAGCAGUUAAUUAUUAGUGAUGAAGAUAUAUUGUUGCAGUGGGGAAAACAUGAAUAAGCAUUUGGAUAGCACUCCAAGCGCUAUCUAAAUAAUUAAUCCAUCAUGGCACUGUUUCGAGUUAGAUAAAUAAGCAUGACUGUCCCUAUUUUUAUCAGAUCAGAGAACUGCAGAAGGCAGCUGAUGCCCAAGAUGUUAUUGACCAAAUUAGUGGCACAAUUGGAAGUCUGAGGUCUUUGUUUUGUUGAUUCCCAAGCCUCUUUUUCCCUCUCAGCCAGGGCCUCUAAAAAGAUAAUGCCAAGGACUUCAUUUGUCACCACUCCCAAAACUGUAUUCUUCAAAAUAACUCAAAAAUUAAUGCCUCGUCAUCACAGGGGCCACCAUUUCACAUGUGGCAGCUGUGACUACAGGUACGAUAACAGCAAAAAUUCACUUGAAAGAUAUCGUUACCUUCUAAUGCAUUGGAAUAUGUAAAGUCCAUUUGGAAAAUAAAGCAAUGCAUUUUGAAUAAGUUUCGAUUUUGGAAGAGCAUUUUGGGCAAGACUUCCCGUGUUGAGAUAAUUCAAAAUGUAAAAACAAUAAAAUCUAGGUUGAGAUGGAACUGUGGGGUUCAGGUAAUAAUCAUGACUGUGACACUGUAGCAAUCGUUCUUGAAGAAAAAGGCAUCUUCACCAUUCACCCUACUGGUAACUCUUGCUGUUCCUUAACAGUUACUAUGCUUGCAGUUCCAGUCACUGGAACAUUUAAAAUUUAAUCAGAAACUGUUUAGCUCUGUUGAGUAGAGAUGCUUUAAAAAUCUGAAGUCUCUAUGAAAUAAGAAAUUGUUCUGAUUCAGGGUAUACAGCAGACUGUUUGGAGCAAAAAUUAUUCCCUUGGUCUGUCUGGCAACUUAAAAGCAUACUUGCUGCCUUCUACCUAGGAAAUUGUGUCUUAGGGAUUUAAAAAUUGCGGAGCUCAAGUAAUUACAGUACACAUGACCUAAUAAUGUCACCAACUUCCAACAGAAUCUUCAACCCUAGUUCAAGAAAGUACUCCUUUGUGUCUAACUAAAGGUGGCAAAACUACAUACUGGAAAAAGGUUUGUAGCAUUGUGAUCUUAAAUAUAUAGUCAAUGGCAAACGUAACAAGUAUUCAUAAAACAAAAAAAUGUAGCUGAUGAACCUAAGAUGAACCAGCUGAACCUAAGUAUCAUAAGGGAAUUCUUUUGUUAGCUUCUUUGUAACGUAGAUGUUGCUUUUUAGUGAGCCUGAUUUUUUUUAGUGUUAUGCUAGUGAGUGUCCUGGGUUCAGCUAGCAGCCAAUUCCUUGCCAAAUUUCUGUUGGUGUAACUUCUCAGUGUAGUAGGUUACAGUAUAAUUAUAUAGCCGACAGCUUAUUGUAAUUUCUUUAUGUUCUCUUCUCACAUUCCUGCCAUCUUGUCUUGGGAUCAGAAGGACAGAAGAAUUCAGAGGAAGAGUUCGAGAAUAGCGAAAUAAUGACAGCAGAAUUAAUGGAAACAAGUGUUUCUUCAGGGUCAUCAGUUAACCAGUUCCUAUGAUGGUGCCAAGGAUAUGCUGCUAUUUUAGGCACUUUCAGAAGAGCUGUAAUUUUCUUAUGGCUAGUAAUCUCCUGUUAGUAUCAGUGUUAACCCUACUGGCUCAGUUCAAUUCUUCCUUGUAACUUCAGUCCAGUUAUAUUAAUUCCUACAAAAGAUUAAAUGGGAUGUGCAUUUAGUGAACUGUUGUAUAAUGGUGCUAUGCAUUGUUUAAUAUAAAAUACAUCUCAAUUCUACAUAAGUGAACCAUAACAUGAAGAAAUGCAACACUGGUAAUACCUUUAUAGUUAAAAUUAAUCUUUAUCUGUGAAUUCCACCAUACACCUUUGCUUCUUUUAAAUUUGAAAUGAAAUUACUAAUAAAGUUUACAUAUAUUCACUUAUGUAGGCAAUAAAAGGUGUUUCAAAUUGAUUUAA